GUACGAUACGAUUUAUGUUGACGUUGACGUGGGCCAAGAAUUUUAAGUAAAUCAGGCAGAUCUAUUCUUCAAACGGAUGUAAACGUGGCGUUUCCUCACUUUGCGACAUAGCUGUUAAUGUAUUUGAAGAAGACAUGAUGUUGUUUGGUUUUGAUUUGUUGUAUAUUUUGUUUAAUCUACUCCUCAUUCUUGUGACACUGUUCAUUUUGUUAUGUGUGUUCCUGCAUCAAACUACAAAACCGCACCCUGUUGUAACACGCUCUGAUGCAGAGAAAUAUUUCAAAACCAUGAACGGAAAAGAACCAUUUCCUUCACUGAAUGAGAAGUGUAGUAUCAAUUUAAGUGUGGUUGUACCAGCUUAUGAUGAGGAAAAAAGAUUGCCACCCAUGCUGGAUGAAUGUUUAGAGUUUCUUGAAAACCGCAAGCAGAAAAACAAAACCUUCCUCUAUGAGGUUAUUGUUGUAAGUGACGGAAGUAGAGAUAAGACUGUUGAUGUAGCAGAAACCUACUCUAAAAAAUAUGGAUCUGAAAUUGUGCGAGUGCUGGACCUUCAACCUAACCGUGGCAAAGGCGGAGCUGUGAGACUGGGUAUGCAAUCUGCUCGAGGUGCUGUCAUCUUAUUUGCUGAUGCUGAUGGUGCUACAAAAUUUUCUGAUCUGUCCAAACUGGAGGAUUCCUUAAAGCAAACCUUGAAAGCUGAUUAUGUGACUUCACCUGAAGAAGUGGCGGAGAAAGAUGCAAUUGUAUGUGGCUCACGAGCGCACUUGGAAGAUGACGCAGUUGCAACCCGGUCAUUCUUCCGUACCAUUUUAAUGUAUGGCUUUCACAUGCUUGUGUGGGUGUUAACAGUUAAAGGUAUUCGAGACACUCAGUGUGGUUUUAAACUGCUGACCAGAUCAGCUGCUUCUACUUGCUUCCGGAGUUUACAUGUAGAACGAUGGGCAUUUGAUGUUGAACUUCUUUACAUUGCACAAAAGCUGCGCAUUCCCAUAAGUGAAAUAGCUGUUAACUGGACAGAAAUCGAAGGAUCAAAAGUUGUUCCAGUGUGGAGCUGGCUCCAAAUGGGACGAGAUUUAGUUCUUAUUUGGCUGCGGUACCAGAUAGGAGCCUGGAAGCUGAAAGCAGAUUAAAGAAGACUUAAUAUGCUUAUAUCCACCCAGUGUGCCAUUCACAGUUGAAUGGAGACAAAAAAAAAGGUGUAAAUUUUCUUUAUAUUUAUUGUGAGAACAGAUGUAGUUUUGUCUUGAGGAACAAUAUUAUUUGGGCUGACAGCAGAGAUUAGUGUGUAGUGUUAUUAAGCUAGUCAUUAGGCACAGGUAUUUCUCACCUGUAUGUUUUGCAUCUGGAGUUAUGCAUCUUAAUCACAUUCAAAAGUUGUUUUCUGGUUUUUAUCUUCAAAAGAUUAUUACUUAUGCUUAAAAUUAUCGAAGGUUAUUAUUUAGGAUUCUAAAAUCUUCUAUGUUGUAAAUUGUAUAUCCCACAAGGGUAAACAAAAUAUUAUCCUUAUGAUUUCUGAAAGACUGAUAAUGCAAACUGUGUUAGCUUUUUAGUGUUGGUGUGGCAUGCCAAUACACACACAAAAGUGUAGUUUAUUCUCAUUUGCAUUUCUUGUCAUGUGAUAUUAAUUUAGUAAAUACGGUUUAGUGCUAGAAUUUUUCUUUUUUAUGGAAUGGAACUUCUUUCCUUGACAAAUACUGCAGAGUUUAUUUUGCAGCCUGAAUGCUUCUGAUGAAGUGUCAGGUAUCAGUACAUUCAUAAGACUAAUAUAUCUUCUUUGAGCAGACUUUAUCUUUUGAAUGAAAAUAUUACCUAAGAGUGUAUGCUACUUUUGUGUAUUUCUAUAAAUUCAAUAUUGAGACUGGUCAGAAAUUUAUUUUUGUACUACCUCCGGCCUUUUCUAUGUUGGGGCAAUUAUUGUGAGUGGGUUAGCACUGUUUGCGUGUUUGCACAUUGUUUCAUUGAGCCUAUAAAUGAAAUUGUGGUUUGAGGACUAUUAAUUAAAGUGUCUAGAUUAAAUCCCA